AACUUGUAUAAAUACCAACACAUUGAAAUGAAGGUUACUACUUGAACUUCAACACUUACAAUACAAUUAGGUGAUCUAUGGCUACCUCCAUUGUCUCUUAUCUUCUAAAUCUAUGGCUUCUCUUAUUUUUUUCCAAAAAUGUCAGCUCUGCAUUUGAUGGAAGAAAAAUUGCUCAGCACAACACCAAUCUUCAAUUUAUUCACACCAUCCAAGUCACCAAUUUUCUUCCACCACCUCACUGCAAACACUCUACCAAAGCUGGCAAGAAAAAUAAGGCAUUAUUGAAGGUAGUCCACAAGCACGGUCCAUGCUCCCAAUUUAAUCAGGAAAAUGCAAUUGCUCCAAAUAUUUUGGAUGUUCUACUUGAAGAUCAAUUACGAGUCGAUUCGAUUCACUCAAAGCUCGAGGCUGCUCGAAGCGAUGUGAAGCAGACGGACAGUGCGAAGCUUCCGGCUAAGAGCGGGGAGUCACUCGGCACCGGGAAUUAUAUUGUGAGCAUCGGACUAGGUUCUCCUAAGCAAGAACUGCCGCUUAUUUUUGACACCGGAAGCUACCUCACUUGGGCUCGAUGUAACGCUGAUCAAACGUUGGAUCCGUUAAAGUCCACUUCCUAUGUCAACGUUACCUGCUCCUCUCCCAUUUGCAAUUCCCUUAAUUCCGCUACAGGUAACCCUUCGACAUGCUCUAGCUCAACAUGCGUCUACCAAAUCCGAUACGGCGACGGAUCAUCGUCAGUUGGAUUCCUAGCCACAGAAAAACUAACCAUAGCAUCAACAGACGUAUUUGACAAUUUCUACUUCGGCUGCGGCCAAAUCAACCAAGGCCUGUUCGGAGAAGCCGCCGGAUUACUUGGUCUCGGCAGAGAUAAACUCUCCGUCGUCUCACAAACCGCUUCAAAAUACAACAAACUCUUCUCCUAUUGCCUCCCCGCUUCAUCAAGCUCCACAGGUUUCCUCUCGUUCGGCUCUUCGCAGUCCACAUCCGCCAAAUUUACACCAUUAUCCUCCUCCGCCUCCGCCUCCAGCUUCUAUAACCUGGACAUGACCGGAAUUUCCGUUUCCGACAACAAGCUAGAUAUUCCGGCAUCAGUGUUUUCAAACUCAGGCACGAUCAUCGAUUCCGGCACCGUAGUCACACGGCUGCCACCUACAGCGUACUCUGCUCUCCGGUCAGCGUUUAGACAGGCGAUGGCUACGUAUCCAAUGGCGGAGCCGUUAUCUAUACUCGAUACUUGCUAUGACUUGAGUAACUACACGACUGUUGAUGUGCCUAAAAUAGUGUUAUCUUUUAACGGAGGCGUUGACGUGGAUAUAGAUAAUUCGGGUAUUUUUAUUGGAAAAGAAUUAACGCAGGUGUGUCUAGGGUUUGCCGCUAAUGGCGAUGACGGUGAUAUAGCAAUUUUUGGAAAUACACAGCAAAAGAAUUUCGAAGUUGUGUAUGAUGUGGGUGGGAAUAAAGUUGGGUUUGCUCCUUCAACUUGCAGUAGUUGAUUUAGUAAUGUUUCGAAUUAAGUUUGUUUUGCAAUUCACAAGAAGGUAAGCCAUUAGGCGAAGGAGAAUGGGCCAUUAGGUGACCAACAUUUUAAUAGAUUUUGUCAUGUUUGUUGUAUGUCACUACAUUUUGUAGUAAUGUUUCAGAGGUUUAAAAUAUUCUACGAAUAUUGAAUUUUAUAUUUUGAAAAUUUAAA